AUGGUUGGAUUGGGGAAAGGAAUCAUAUAUUCUUACAAAGUCGGGCUCAACAUGGAGCUCUACAUCAGCGCGAUAUCAACCAGAGCUGCCGGAUCCAAGUCGCUUGAUUUGUACGAUGGCCGAAUAAUGAAGAGGGACUUUAAACUGAAGUUUUACGUGAACCAUUUACACAAAUCUCCGUCGCGACGACCACCACUACGACCAUUGUCUCCUUCUUCAUACUCCCACCGAUCCACCUACCAAAAAACUCUCUAA